AUGUGCAGUGCGGUGUCAGGAGUGGUGUAUAAUGUUACUCGUUGUUUCUUGAUACAAGGUAUCGAAGUUAUAAUCAUGGAUUUUGGACACCCACCACCAAAUUUGGCCAUGCCGCCGCCCGGCAUGGGUAACAUGGGGCCGCCUUUGGGCCCUCCUGGUCGCAACAACAUACGCCAUAAUUUUAGACCUUAUAAUUAUCAAAUGCGCUUCCCACCUCAAGGUCCAUUAAACAUGACCCAAGAUGAUUUCGACGGUAAACGUUUGCGUAAAUCAGUCAUGCGUAAAACUGUAGAUUAUAAUUCUUCUAUUAUAAAAGCCCUUGAAUGUCGCGUUUGGCAAAGAGACUGGAGGGACAGGCAUGUACUACAACCCGAUGCUAUGUAUACUCCAGAACUCUUGCCCCCUCCAUCUUAUCCUGACAAUCCUAUCAACGCCGUAACAACCCGUUUUGUUAAGACAGCAACAAACAAAAUGAGAUGUCCCAUAUUUGCUGUAGCGUGGACACCUGAAGGUCGCAGAUUAAUAACAGGAGCCUCAUCUGGAGAGUUUACUCUGUGGAAUGGAUUAACAUUUAAUUUUGAAACAAUUUUACAAGCUCACGACUCACCAGUUAGGUCUAUGGUAUGGUCUCACGGUGAAGGCUGGAUGGUUACAGGAGAUCAUUCUGGUUUUAUCAAAUAUUGGCAGAGCAACAUGAACAAUGUGAAAAUGUACCAAGCACAUAAAGAAGCUGUUCGAGGUAUUAGUUUUAGUCCCAGUGAUUCAAAGAUUGUAACAUGCUCUGAUGAUGGUACACUACGGAUCUUCGAUUUUUAUAGAUGUCAAGAAGAAAGGAUAUUGAGAGGACAUGGAGCUGAUGUUAAAUGUGUGCAAUGGCAUCCAACUAAAGCUCUCAUUGUAUCCGGUAGCAAGGAUAACCAACAACCUAUAAAAUUAUGGGAUCCAAAGUCCGGAACAGCACUCUGCACCUUGCAUGCUCAUAAGUCUACUGUAAUGGAUUUAAAAUGGAAUGAAAAUGGUAACUGGCUCAUUACUGCUUCAAGGGACCAUUUACUGAAAUUAUUUGACAUAAGAAAACUUGGUACUGAACUUCAAAUUUUUAGGGGACAUAAAAAAGAAGCAUCCAGUGUUGUUUGGCAUCCCACUCAUGAAGGUUUGUUUUGUUCAGGUGGUUCUGAUGGAGCUAUUUUAUUUUGGAAUGUUGGUACAGAUAAAGAAGUUGGUUGUAUAGAAGGUGCACAUGAGUCUAUUGUCUGGACAAUGGCAUGGCAUCCCUUAGGUCAUAUAUUGUGUUCUGGGUCAAAUGACCACACAUCAAAGUUUUGGACUCGUAAUCGUCCAGGAGAUCAGAUGAGAGAUAAAUACAAUUUGAAUACAUUACCACCUGGAGUUCAGGAUGAUAAUGAAUUAGAAGAACCAGGUGCAAUACCUGGUAUGGGUCCAGAAGAUAAGGUGGAAAUAUUUUCUACAGAUACUGAUAAAGUUAUACCAGGUUUAGACUUAGAUACCACACACAUACCAAUGGAAUUUGAGAAGAAGGUCAAGAAAGUUCCAUAUAGCAAGCCCAUACCCAGAAACUUCCAAGCCCAAUGGAACCAUGGCCCAUCCAUGGAUGAUGCUGCCACAGAAGCAUUAACUCAAGCUCUGGUAGAGUCAGUUCCAGGGGCUGUGCCCCUGCACCAAAUCCAACCAUCUGCCAUUUUCGUGUACGGAAGACUUAUUCCUGUUGAAAUGGGCUCAAAACUUGAAAAGGCAAUAGCUGACGGUCCUAUAGCUUUAAAGAAGUACAUAGCUACUGGAGAAGUUGAGGAACUUCAUGAUAUGAUGCCUCAUUUAGAAGACGACGCCGAUGAGGACAAUUUCACACCAUUUGAAUAUCCUAGUAAUGAUAAUGAGAAUGAAGAGGUGGAAGAUGAAAAUAAACAGAAAGAUGACUAUGAGGAAGAACAGUAUUAUGAUGAGGAAAUGGAAUCAAGUAACCAGAACAAUCAAGACAAUUACAACAACUAUGAUAAUGGCCCGAAUAUGGGGAAUAUGAUGCCCAUGAACAAUAUGCCACCGAUGAUGGGACCCCCAAUGAACAUGGGAAUGAGACCCAUGGGCCCACCAAUGCACAUGAAUAUGCAUAUACCUCCACCCCACAUGGGUGGCAGGCCCCCUAUGCCACCAAUGGGUAACAUGCCGCCCAUGGGUAGCAUGCCACCUAUGAAUAACAUGACGCGUCCUCCAUUUCAAGAUAAUGGUUAUAAUAAGGGUCAGUAUGAUACCAGCCAGUCAUAUAAUCAAGAUAAUAAUGAUUACAAUGAAGAAGAAGGCUAUGAUCAAGGUUAUGAAGAGGAAAACUAUGAUGAAGGUCAAAACGAGGAUUAUAGACAGAAUCCCAGGUGGGGUGGUUACAGGGGUAGAGGACUAGGGCGCGGUCGUGGUGAUAGAGGCCGGGGACUCGAUAGGGGUGGAAUCCGUGGCAUGCCAAGGGGUGGUAUGAAUGGCUUUGGGGGUCGUGGUGGUCGAGGUAGACCUCCAAUGCGAGGAUCGAACUGGACGAGACGAGGUACUUUGGUGCUCUGGUUUGUUUGGAAGAUUGGUGUCAUCAUCAAGCCUCCAGGAUAG